CGACCCAGAACCCGGCAGCUGGCCCAAGCGCUUGCUCCGCCAGGCCGGGUGGGGGCAGAGCCGGCUUCUGGCGGUGAGGAUUCCAGCUGCGGGAGGUGGAACCCGGGGUGGGAAGCCGGUGUUACGGCCAUGACAGUAUUGGCCCGUGGUUCCUCGCUCCUCCGUGGUCUCCUGGGCCGAGGGCCGGCGCUGGGCGAGAGCGCUGCACCCCGCGUGGUGUCCCCGGGAACGGCCCGGCGCGGGUCCGCUGGCUUUCGGAGCAGCGGCGUGAGAUAUGAAGCUGUUGUCAUCUCAGGAACUGAAAUUGCCAAACAAAUCCAGAAAGAAAUACAUCAAGGUGUGGAAUCAUGGAUUGCCCUUGGGCACAGAAGACCUCACCUCAGUAUCAUUUUAGUGGGAGACAACCCAGCAAGCCAUACAUAUGUCAGGAAUAAGAUAAAAGCUGCCUCAGCAGUAGGUAUCUGUAGUGAGCUCAUUCUAAAACCUAAGGAUGUUUCUCAGGAAGAACUUUUGGAUAUAACUGAUCAAUUGAACAUGGACCCAAGAGUCAGUGGUAUAUUAGUUCAGUUACCGCUUCCAGAUCAUGUGGAUGAGCGAACAAUAUGCAAUGGAAUUUCCCCAGAAAAAGAUGUGGAUGGAUUUCAUAUUAUCAAUAUUGGAAGACUGUGCCUUGAUCAGCAUUCUCUCAUACCUGCCACUGCUGGUGCUGUUUGGGAAAUAAUUAAAAGAACAGGAAUUGAAACAUUUGGGAAAAAUGUGGUUGUGGCUGGAAGAUCCAAGAAUGUAGGCAUGCCUAUUGCCAUGCUUUUGCACACUGAUGGAGAGCAUGAACGGCCAGGAGGUGAUGCAACUGUCACCAUAGCUCACAGAUACACUCCCAGAGAACAACUGAAGAUCCACACUCAGCUGGCAGAUAUUAUCAUAGUAGCUGCGGGUAUUCCAAAGCUGAUUACAUCUGAUAUGGUUAAAGAAGGUGCUGCUGUAAUUGAUGUCGGUAUCAACUAUGUCCAUGAUCCGGUAACAGGAAAGACAAAAUUAGUUGGAGAUGUGGACUUUGAAGCAGGAAUACAAUAGUAAGAAUGUUGUGAAAAACAUAAUUUCAAAGAAGAAGAUUAUAAUACCUGAGAAGACUGGUGGUUUAUCUGAUCUGACAUCCAAGGAAUAAAGCAACUCAGACUGCUAAACCAGCUGUGUAAUUUGGAGAGCAAGAUGUAAUUCAAAGUUGAUGACUAUGAAUACUCAAAGUAGGAAAAUUAAUACAUUAGAACCACUUUCUCUCUCUCUCUCUCUCUCUCUCUCUCUCUCUCUCUCUCUCUCUCUCUCUCUUCCCAUCUCUCCCUCUAUUUCUCUCUUUCAGGAUAUCCUAGAAAUCCUUUGAAAAAACUAAGUUAAUUUCUGGCACUUGAAUCAUUCUUGGGACUUUUCUACUUGUUCACUUCAUGAUAAUACAGUUGUACUGGGACAGGGUGAAAUUAUGGGGUCAUACAGUCUUUUGAAUCUGACCAUGAAGAGUGUCUCUCUCUUAUGGGAGAGUGACAAAGCAUUGUAACUUCAGUGAGCCACACUUUCUCACCAAUUAAAAUAAAUAAUAUUAAAUUAUUAAAAUAAUAUAUAUAAAGCCCAGGGUGGUGGCAAAUACCUAUAGUCCCAGCUAGUCAAAAGGCUGAGGGAGAAGAAUUGCUUGAGCCCAAGAGUUUGAGACCAGCCUGCGCAACAUUGUGAGACCCAUCUCAAAAAAAAAAAAAAAAAAAAAAAAACCAUAAAUAAAAUUCUUGGAAAGUAAUAAAUACUCAAGAAAUAGCAGCUAUAGUUAUUUACUAUUUUCCCAUAUACAAAUGAUAUUUAAGCCACUCCACUUUACCUUUCAGAGUUGAAAACCAAACUACAUAAAAACAAUUAUAUAACCAUAAUAGAUUUACUAAUCUUCCACUAAUUUUACUCUACUUUUUGAUUUAGAAAUCAUUUAUUUCAAUGGAUAUCAUUUUUUGAGAAAAUUUAUAGACAGGUAACAUUUAAUUCAGUUUUAGAGAAUAGUAAGGCAUUUCCUAUUUAGAUAAGGUGGAAAAAUAUUGAAAAGGAACACCUAGAUAAAAGAAAGAAAGUUUUAAAAUUAUAGCUAUUUGUAGAAUGGCUAUUUGAACCAUCUAAUGUUUUGCAACAGGACAUAUAUAAAUAUGGCAUGGACAGGAUUCACUCAUGUACAGAGAGGUUUCGUUAAAGUUGAAAUAUUACCUUCCAAGUCACAGUGUUGCUUUUCUUUAUAACAUACUGUAUUAGUCUGUUUUUCAUUGCUUAAACAAAAUACCUAGAGACCAAGUGAUUUUGAAGAAAAAAAAAAUAUUUUUUUUAGGUCUAAGAGCACCAGCUUCUUUUUGGCUCCAAUGAGGGCCUUGUAAUAGAACACAUGUGAGACUAUUAACACUGUAAGAUAGGAAAUCAGAAAGCAGGGAGGGCUAAUCUUGUUCUUUUAUAACAAUUCAGUAGCACAGCAACUAACCAGAGUCACCUGAGAAAUACGCUAAUUCCUUUCAAAACAGUGCCCUGCAAUGACCUGAUUAUCUCCCACUAGGCCCUACCUUUCUUUUAAAGGCUCCACCACCUAUUAAUACUGUCACAUUGGGUACUAUACUUCCAGUAUAUGAAACUUAGUGAAUACAUUCAAAGCAUAUCCAAAUUAUAGCACAUACCAUUAGAAGAUGCAUAAUACACACUAUCUGCGUGUGUGUGUAUGUGUGUGUGAGAGAGAGAGAAAGAGAGAAAGUGAGAGAGAGAGAGAGAUAUUUAAGCUUAUAUGGACUUUUCUUCAAGUAAAAAAUAUUAUUCCUUUGCUCUUCUUAUGAUUUUUAAAAAAGUAUCCCAAUGUACUAUUUUACUUCAUACAAGGUAAAAGUAAAUUUUAUAAACCAUCUUUCAAUAAGACAAUAUAAAUAGUUGAAAAUAGUAUGAGAUCUAAAAAACAUCUCUUGGUUUUGAUUCAUGUAGAAGUUUACAUGAGCAAUACAAAAGUUAAUAAUAUCAAAUUAUGUAUUAAAGAAGUAUUGUCUGUACUAAAGAAGUAUUGUCUAAAUGUGCAUGUGUUUGUUUUAAGAGUUAUCUGGGAAGGUUGCAUUACUCUUAUUCACAUGGUAAAAAACUGAAUUAACCAUCAAGUCAAUGAAUGCAUGGAACCAUUCACCUUUAAUACUGUGGGUGUGAACACAUUCUUAAAUUUUGCUCUAAGUUCCCUGUC